AUAAAGGCGGCACCUGGAGAGCGCGAGACACAGGAGCAAGGACGGACUUGAUGCGCGUGCCAGCUUGAAAUAUAAGUGAAAAAGUCUGCAAAAGAAAAUGAACCCAAGUAUCUGCUUGUGCUGUUUGUCUUUGCUUUUGCUGCUUAAUUUAGUAGGAGCCAAACCUGUUUCUGAUCUACAGGUGAGAUCACCGUCAUGAAUCUGUCACUGAAGCUUGAUUUGACCUUACAGAGACAUCAAUGUGAUGAGGAGAUUGUAAUUCUGGAACCAUUUAAUGUUAAGGAUGAGAUUUGCCCAAAAUGUAAAGCCACAAUGUUUUAUGUUUACAUUUUGAGAGGACAUAAAUCAAAAACUUGCAUCCAAGAGCGUAAAAGGAUGUUUAGUGUCUUCUGAUUUUUUGUGAACUACAAUGUAGAUUAAAGUGUCUUUGUUGUCAUUUUCCCCGCAGACUUUGAAGCAGCUCUUGGAAGAGGAACUCAGCAACGCGCCGUUUUACUCCUCAGAUGAGGAGGUGGAGGCUGAGGCGAAGGAUGCAAACACGGACAAGUCUCUGUUCGGAGCUCCAGAGGAGCAGCCCUGGGACUCCUCCGACCCCAGCAACUCAGCUCUGCAGGCGGCUAAAGAAAGCGCCCUCACCCGUCUCUUCAAAGACCUGAUGCGGACCUCCAAGCGCUCAUGGAGCCGGUACAAGAAAGCGGGGCUGAGGAGCUGCUUCGGGGUCCGGUUGGAGAGGAUUGGCUCAUUUAGUGGGCUGGGAUGCUGAAGGUAGGAACCCCAGUAAAGACGUUUUUUUUAAAAUACUUUGAUGGUAGCAACACAGAAUAUACUUGUAAAAAAGUAAAAUUGAGUUAAGAAAUAUGAGGUUUUGUUUUUCCUGUGAAUGAAAAUAUUUGGUCUUAAUGUAAAACUUAAAGUAAAAGACCAUACAGUAUAUUGGAAGACAUAAAAACUGAACUAAAUCCAGCCUGAAGAUGAUACAGAAUAUCGAUUGGACUAUGUGCCAAAAAGUUGCAUUCAGUUGAACGUGAUCAAUGUACAACCAAACACAGUGGGAAAAGACGCAAUCGGCACUAUUUUUAUGCAAAUCCUCCUAUUGAUUGAAAAAAAAGUGCAAUAAAAACAUGCCCAAAGCAGCAAACAUGUACUAUGGUAGAUAAAACAGGGAUUUAAUAGACUGGUUAGAAUAUGGUUGUUAAGUCGUCAAAAUAUGGAGAUCACCCUUUAUAUACUUUUAGUAAAUUUAAAAAUUUGGGUGUGGAGUGCAUGUAAACAAAUGUGACAGUAAGUUGAGAAAUGACUUUCUGCAGCUGCUGCGUUGCAUCCAUCACCGCUGUUUUCACCGAGCAUCUGCACUGCAGCAGGAGGUCUCAUUGCUGAAGGGCACACAUUAGCAGCUGCCCUUAUACAGAGUUCAGAUAUUAAAACAGUGAUAAACCUCUUUAUCAUGUGGCCUAAUCCAAUAAUCACAAUGAUGUGUUUUUCAUGUAUUUCCACAGGCGGGCGCAGAUGAAUGUGUGAUCCCCUCCUCAGAGCUGUCUGACACUUUAAAGGGCGGAAACUUCUUCACUCUCCUCCACACGUUCACAUUCAGGACUGUGAUUUCCGUUUUUGUUUUUGUCAUAUGUGAGCUGCUAAAUUAUAAUAAAUUAUUGUAAAUGUAUUUAUUAUUUAUUUUUCUCUUGUUGGAUGAAGUAGUGUUGCCUUGUUAUAGAUUGUUCUGCAGUAAAACGUUUAUUUUGCAUAAUAGCUGAGCCUGAUUGGUUUUCCUUUCUUAUGAGCACAAAUGGAGGCAGUUCAACUGGAUCAUGAUUUUUGCACCUGAAAUAAAAUGAUGUGUAAG